AUGCAUUUCACCUCAGCUUUCAUUUCUGCUGUCACCCUGGCAUCUGUCUGCAUGGGCGCCGCAGUCGACAAGCGCAAGUCCUGGCUCUUUAGCUGUGGCUGCGACGGUCAAGGUGAUGCUAAUGCCAAUGACUGCCGAGACGCCAUUGCCCAGAUUGAUGUUAACGCCAAUGUGAUGGAUCCCAUGAACGCCAUCAGCGUCGUGCACACGGGUCCCCUUAGCUCCGCAAGCAUCAUGUAUCAGUCGGGCAACUGCGCUCUGGCUAUCGGAAACACUCAGAACAUCAAUGGCCCUGGCGGUGUUGGUGGCGGAGUUACUGGAACCACGAUUAGUGGGGCAGACUUCAAGGACCUUAUGACACAGAUGAUGGGCUGCGAAGACACGGCAAAUGGCCUGAUUAAUGCUUGUGCCUCGGUCGGGGCAGGUAACGCCAUGAUUUUUAAGCAUUAG